UCAGUUAUUCAUCUCUCAGGUUUUUUUUAACAUUGGCGUGACUCUCUCUGUGUAAGAAUCCUUUUCUGUUGGGAUUUCUUUGGGUCCCAGCUCAUUGUAUGUGUUUUUAGGGUUUAUAAAAAUAGUAUUCCUCUCUUCUCUUCUCUUCUUCUUCUUCUUCUAUACAGAGAGGAUUUAUCUGCACGUCAAAAGAAAUGCUCUGCAAGCAUGCCCAGAAAUAAAGCUUGAUGAUUAUGGCGGUCUUUCUCCGUACAAUUGCAUUGAAACAACAGCAAUAAUAAGCAUAUCAGAAAUCGAUCAUAUCCGUCAGAGUUUGCCGGGUUCACAGAAACGUCCCUUUCCCUGAUAUUACUCAUCAGCUUGAAAUUUGAAGAAACACCGGAAAUGGCGAGCAGUGUAGCAAUCAACAGCGAGCCACCGACGUCGUCUUCGUCGUCGAAAGCAGUGAAGGAGCUGGAGAACCCAUAUGAGAUGGUUAGGCAAAUGGCGUCCAGUAACGCCGUCGUUUUGUUCAGUAUGAGUGGUUGCUGCAUGUGCACUGUAGCCAAACGCCUUCUAUUUGGUCUGGGCGUUGGACCUACCAUAAUAGAGGUUGACCACCACUCUUCUGGGCCUGACAUCCAGGCCGUUCUCUUUCAGAUUUCAUCCGACGGUCAGCAGCCAGUUCCGGCCAUUUUUGUUGGUGGCAAGUUUCUUGGUGGCAUUGAAACGCUCAUGGCGUGUCAUAUUAAUGGCACAUUAGUGCCUCUUCUCAAGGACGCUGGUGCUCUUUGGCUCUAAUUAACUAAUUAAUUCUCAUGAAUUAAUUAAUCUAAUAUAUAACUCAUCUUCCUUGUUUCUUUUCUUUAAUAUUUUCUUGCUAACUUCUUCUUUCUCUGAGUGCAGUAUGUUUAAUGUACAGAAGAAAGUUACAUUUACUUUAACAGUUUGAUGCUUUUCUAGUUAAUGACCAUUAAUAUCACAUUGUACGUUAUAAAGUGCAACUUUUAUAUAUAAAAAAGUUAUUUCUACA